AAUGUAAGAAUAAAAUGUGGAACAGAAAAGCACUUACAACAACAGGCUCCAAGACUAUGCACAAAUCCAUACCAGAGUAAUGUCCUCACCUACGAAGUGGAAGAGAACUUUGUGACCCAAAGAGCCAUUCAACAAAUUUUCUUAUCUCUUGGUGCUUUUAACAAAAUAAUAAACAAUAACCACAUUCAAGAUCCUAAUUCUUCAGAACUGAUGUACUACUUAAUUUUACAGGCCAAACUGAAAAACCACAUUCACGAUCCUGGUGCACCAGAACUGGCUCGAUUUUUAUUUACUCCUUUGGUAAUUGUUAUGGAAGCAGUUCAACAGACUUCGUCCAGUCUACCUCCACAAGUUGUCACACCACUCUUGACUUCUGAUGCUGUAGAUCUUCUGGACAAUUGCUGCUCCCCAAAAGAAAGAGACAUAUGGUACAGCCUUGGUGAAUCGUGGGUCAUACCAAGGGAUAAAUGGAGAGAAACACAAGGUAUAUACCAUCCUGUUUUCUCGAAUGGUUGGGCACCCGAUUAUCCUUUCUCCAAAGAUCGGGAAAGAGCUGGGUUGACUGCAGCAGCAGCAGCAUCAGCAGCUCAACGAUUUAGACGAGAUAAUCUCCGAAGAGCCCAAGAAGAGGCUGAUUUACGGAAUGAGGAAUACCAGAAAUUUUCUAAUUCUCAGCCUCAGAGGGACAGCCUUAAUGAGAAUGACUACUAUGAUAGAGACCACAUAUCAGAACAACAUCCAAUAAGUUAUAAUGAUGCUCCUCAAGGAGAUAUACCAAGGAGAGUCCCAUACAUGGAAAGAUCUGGUGCCAAUACUCCUUCCGAGCAAGACUUCCAAGAUACAAGAUCUGACAUAAGUGGUGGUUCCAUUGAACUUGGAAUUCUCAAGCAAUUUCAACAACAACAGCAACCUUGGUUUGAAGAUAUACGAGCACAUGGUAACAGAUGUAUUGUAGCAAUGCACACAAGAAAUGCAAACAAUGACAAAGAAUUAAGCAUUGUGAAAGGAGAAUUACUGGAGCUCCUAGAUGAUAGCAGAAAAUGGUGGAGAGCAAGGAAUGCACGUGGACAAAUUGGAUAUGUACCAAGUACUAUUGUAACGUAUUAUCAGGGACCACCUCCUGAUGAGGAGGUCUUUAGCAACCCACCUUACUACCGUCCUGGGCCAAGUCAAAAUAACUACUACAAUUCUAGUGGAUCUUCACUAGUUCAAGACAGGACAGACUAUGGUGGUUCUAGUCCACUUUCUUAUCGAGGUCCUCAACAGCACUCAAUCCCCACUCCACUACCAUCUGACUGGAUUCAAAGAGAAAUGAUGGGCAAGAAAGACUCUACUUUUAACUACGCUCCACCUAGAACGGACAAUCAAGAUGGAAGACAACAAGAUCGUGGACUUCCUUCUCCACAGUGGCCUGGUUUUUCACCCCCUCAGUCAGAACCAAUGGCUGCCCCUAUUCCUCCACCCCCUCCACCACCACCACCGCAAGCUACUAAUACAGACACACCAAAACGUAAGAUAAAUUCU